AUGACCUCUGUUCCGUCUGUCUCUGUCGUAGCUGCACACAAGGCGCUGCUGCUGCUGGUGUUGACGGCGAGCGCCGCUGCCCAGCUGAAGACGCGCUACGACCAGCACAGUGGGCGAGUCUCCAUCUCCACCAGCAGAGAUGCCAGUGAGGUUGACCUGGGCUACAUUCUGACACCCAGCGACGAAGGCCUUCCUACGGCGUGUUCUGAGAGUGACUCUGACGAAGACUGCUUCCACUUCAGUAGGACUAAAAUAACCGUCCGUAGGAACGGGAGAGUCAGCCAGUGUGCUACCUUCAGGCAGUGGGUCAACUCUUCAACGGCAGUCCUCACCAGUUGCCAGAACCACUCGGGUAGUCACAUCUUUGGAGGCCUCGAGCAGUACCGGCAGUACUGGCCGAUAGAGAACAACGUUUACAGCCAGUAUUCGUACGUGACCAAACAAUCAGACCACGUCGGAGUUGCUGUGCGUUACUGGUUGUUCUCUGACGGGAGAUUCGUCCAUAUUCCAGCUCACGUCCCUCUUUUCAUCGACCAGAAUACCAACGAUUCGGUCGACGCUUUGUGCUUCAUUGCGAAGAACCAGGAUCCGUACCCGUCGGAAAGACCGCUCACCGUCUUGGAGUGGGACCUGUGCAUGUUCGACGAUGCGAGGCAGGCCCACGAGUUCGCCGUGCGGAACUACCUGGGCACGCCGACGGGGAUACCAGACGAGCGUAUGACCACACACCCCAUCUGGUCCACGUGGGCGCGCUACAAGGACGACGUCGACGAGAUGAAGGUCAGGCAGAUGGCCGCCGAGGUCCUCGCCUAUGGAUUCAACAACAGCCAAAUAGAAAUAGACGACAACUGGGAAACCUGCUACGGAAGCUUCGAAUUUAAUACGACCAAGUUCCCUGACAUAAAAACACUCACAAAUGACCUGCACGCUUUAGGAUUCCGUGUAACCCUCUGGAUACAUCCGUUUGUGAAUCGCGGAUGCGAGCCCUACCUCUCGGAGGGAAUGGCGAACGGCUACUUCGUAAAUGACACUAACGGUAGUUCCAGUACUAAUUGGUGGAAUGGAGUCGGCCAUAUCAUCGACUUCACUAAUUCUGAAGCAGCAGCGUGGUGGGCGAAUCGACUCUGGGUACUCCGCAAUGAGACCGGGAUCGACUCGUUCAAGUUCGACGCCGGCGAGACGAGUUUCCUGCCGCAGCUACCCGACAUGGACCCCGUGGAGCUGAACCCUGUCAAGUUCACGGAGGACUACGUGAACACCGCUGCCCAGUUCGGGCCCAUGAUCGAAGUGAGGGCCAGCGUUCGCAGCCAGCACGUGCCCGUCUACUUCCGCAUGAUCGACAAGGACAGCGCGUGGUCCAUCGACAACGGGCUCAAGUCGCUGGUGACGACGCUGCUGCAGAUGAACAUGGUCGGGCACAACUUCGUGCUGCCAGACAUGGUGGGCGGGAACGGCUACAAAGGUGCCGUCCCCACCAAGGACUUGUUCAUACGCUGGCUGCAGGCCAACGUCUUCAUGCCCACCAUACAAUUCUCCUACGUUCCCUGGGACUUCGACCAAGAGACGGUGACGAUCAGCCGCAGCAUGGCGGCGCUGCACUCUCAGUACGCUCCGCGCAUCGUCGAGCUGAUGAGGAAGGCGGUGCGGGACGGCAGCCCCGUCAACCCUCCCAUCUGGUGGAUCGACCCCACAGACGAGACGGCCCUCGCCACAGACUCAGAGUUCCUUCUGGGAGAGGACGUGCUGGUGGCGCCGGUGCUGUACCACGACGACGUGGAGCGCGACAUCUACCUGCCCAGGGGCAGCUGGAGGGACGAGGCGGAUCCGGAGCACCCCGUCAUACAGGGCCCCACCUGGCUCUACAGCUACCCGGCGCCCGCCAACACGCUGCCCUACUUCACCAGGGUCUCCGCCACCUAG